AUGGCGAUCCUGGUGCCACUGUACCUCGUCAUGGCCGUACAAGGAGCCCUCACCUGCGCUAUCAUCGAGGUGGUCUCUGAGAAGGAGUCGAAGAUGAAGGUGACACAGGAGAUCUAUGGCCUGACGCCCCUCAUGUAUUGGAUCUCGUGGGCCGGCUACUUCGCCGUGGUGGCCACGGUGUGCAUGGUGCUGCUCUACAGUCUCUCGGCUGCAGAGCGCCGCUUGUUCACGCUCGCCGCACCCAUGGUGUCGCGCUCCAACCCUGCAUUGGUGCUGUACCUGAUGGCCCUGUCUUACAUGCAGCAGCUGGAGUUCGCUGCCAUCACCACCGUCUUCUUCAACCGGACCCAGGCAGCCUCGAGCUCGGCCAGUUUCCUCAGCAUCGCCUUGAUGCUCUUGGCGGCGGCAUUGCAGGGCCUCCUCCGAGGGGUUCCCAAGAUCCUCUGGUACUUGGCCGGGCUCCUGCCCACCGUCAACGUCUUCAACGGCUUCGCGAGCCUCUUCUGGAAUGAGGCGCUCUACUACUGCGACGCAGAGGGCUGCACGAAGGGCCUCGUCAUACGUUCCCUCUUUGCCUCCGAGCUGUGCCCAACCACGUACUACCCGGCCCCGUGCCCGGUUCCCAUUACCAUCUUCUCUGCCGGCGAGAGCAUGAUCCUGAUGCUGGUUGACGUGGUUCUCUAUGGCCUGGUGGCCUGGUGGCUGGAGCAGGUCUGGCAGGGGGAGUACGGACAGGCUAAGCCAUGCUUCUUCUGCUUCGAUCCCGCCUUCAUCUUCUCACGUCGCAGCGGCAGCGAGCGUUUGUUGCAGGAGGAUGGCCUGGAGUCCGGGAGCCGUGUGGAGCUGGCCAUGUCCAUCCGAAACAUGCGCAAGGUCUUCAAAGGCGGCAAUGUGGCGGUGGACGGCAUGGACCUGGAUAUUCGCCGUGGGGAGAUCUUCGCCCUCUUGGGCCACAACGGCGCGGGAAAGACGACCUGCAUGAACUGCGUGGUCGGGCUCAUCCCGAUGACCAGCGGUAGCGCUUCCGUCAACGGCUACGACGUGCACACCUCCAUCGAAGAUGUGCGGAGGCAGCUGAGUGUUUGCCCACAGGACAACCCCCUCUACGAUGUCUUCACGGUUCGCCAGCAUCUUCAGUUCUUCGCGAGCCUGAGGGGCGUCAGCGAGCAGCUCCAGGGAGCCAAGGUGAUGGAGGUGCUGGUGGCCUUGGGCAUCCCAGAAAAGGUCGAUGAGCUGUGCACCUCCCUGUCGGGUGGUCAGAAGCGGCGGCUCUGGGUGGCCACGGCGCUGCUGGGCGAGACGCCCUUGGUUUUCCUGGACGAGCCGACCAGCGGGAUGGACCCCUCCUCCAGGCGUCAGCUGUGGCAGCUACUCCUCAAGAUGAGAUCCACCGGACGGUCCAUCAUCUUCACCACGCACUACCUGGAAGAGGCGGACGUGCUGGCAGACAGGAAGGCGGUGUUGGCCAGAGGCCGCGUGCAGGCCUCGGGCACGUCGCGCGACCUCAAGCUCCAGUUCGGCCUCGGCUACCACCUGCAAAUCGCCUACCUCCCGGGCGCCCCCACAGCCGAUGAAGCCGAAGAUCUAGGCGAACUGAUCCGAAAGCACGUGAGCACCGCCACGCAGCGAGCCGCCGAGCGACGUUCAGAGGAGCAGAGCCCGGUCAGCAGCGACGGGCACGUCAGCUACACGUUGCCUUUUCAGGAGGAGAUGGGAGCACAGAGCAGUGAACUCGCUAUGCCACCUGUGGUGGCUCAAGGUGCACCGCGUAGCUUGCUGAGGAUAGCUGAUAUCUUGGGUAGUGCUGUCUGCCAAUCAACAUGGCAGCGGGGCUCUGAGGAUGCUUUGCUUGAGCCUUCGAUCCAGGGCGGCACACAGCACGACGAGAGUUUCGACUACGCGACCAUGGACAUCAACAAGGACGAUGACAAACGCGGCGUUCCACAGUUCAGCGGCAAGCUAGACGAGUACAGAGACUACCGGAAGAGAGCCCUCCUUUACUUCAAUAGUCUAGAAGACUCCAAACAGAAUCUGGCGGCACCACGGUUAAUCUCAAGCCUCAGCGGGGCAGCCUUCGAGUGCUUCCGGGAACGGGACCCGGCGGAGUUCAGAACAGAUCGUGGUGUGGCCCAGCUUCUGGCGAUACUCGACGAACGCUUCCAGUUCACUCCCGAGCAGGAGCUUUCAGACAAACUUGAAGAUUUGCUAUUUCGGUUGCGCCGCCGCCGUGGCGAAGAGUCCACUUCCUUCGUGACCAGAUUCGAGACUGCCCUAGCAAAGGUAGAAGAACUGAUCACGGAAGAACAGCGAGUUGAGAGACGCCGACAGGGUGACUUGAUGAGGUCCGAGUUCCGUAGGGCCAGCCUGGAUUUCAUCGUCGCUCAACAGCAACAUCAAGCCACGGUCGCAGCUUUGCCGGAAGGAGCAGAGGCCCCAGCCGAACCGUUAGCACCUACUCCGCCCCGAGAACUUCCCCAAGUCCAGACUUUCAGAUUCCCCGAGGUGGUCAAGGGCUUCAUAUUCCUCAGGCACAUUGGCAUUUCACUUCAAACCAGAGCAUCGUUGCUUAGGUCAAGCGGUGGCUCCCUGCGCUAUGACAAGGUUGCAGACCUGCUUAGGCGUACCGAGCUGGAUGCCUUGGUUGCUAGCCGUUCGCAGGUAACCAGCCACGGCUUCUUUGCGGAUGUGCCUGAGGAGGAUGAUCCCUAUGAGGAGUCGCCCUUUGAAGUCGACGACGAAUACGAGCCCGAGGAGGAGUUUGGUGCGUAUGCUGAAGGCGAGGAGUCGGAGUUUACCGAGGAGACCCUUGAAGAAGAGGAGGGCGACGGUGAAGAGUACAGUGUGGCGAUGAUGGGCUACCUUGAGGCCCGCCAGAAGCUUUUGGCGGCCAAAGUGGCGGCGACAGAGAUCGGCGUGAGCAUCGAGACCGACGAGAACACCGAGAUCGGGACCGUGGCCGGCCAGCAACGCCAGCGCGAAGGAUCGCAGUACCUCGGCAUGGCCAUCACUGAGCCUCGCCAGGAAUUUCGCUUUGUCCCUGAGUUCAGCUAUGUGGCCUACCACGCAGAGCGAUCGACGCCGUCUUCUUCGAGUUCCAAACCGAGAACCACUCCGGAGUUCUCCUUUGUGUCUCGGCAGUCCAUCAGCCAACUCGAGCAUUUUGUAGAAGAAUGUUUGACUUUGGAUCGGCUUCUGGGUCUUGAGCCAAAGUGUCCGGAAGGUUCUGAGUCAUGCUGUCUGGUAACUCCACCUGGAUAUGCCAUUCUCGACACAGGUUGCACUUCCACUUUAGUUGGGGAUGAGAAUGAGCGCUUGUGGAGUGAAGAGCUUAAGAAGCAAACAGGUGGAGCCUUAAAGCCGGAGCAGGGUGAUUCAGACAUAAAGUUUGAGGGCAUCAAUGGCGAAACCAAAGCCACCUAUCGGGUAAAGUAUCCUGUGAAAAUCGGCCCGAGGGAUGGUUUCAUUCAGGCUGCGGUCAUUCCAGGGAAGGCCCCCUUCCUCCUUUCUAUCCAGGCCUUGCGGGCCAUGCGAGCUAAGCUAGACUGUGCAAACGAUGUACUUGAAGUACCUGGCAUAGGGAAGGUGCCACUGGAGACCAAUGCCGUAGGUCAUUACCUCCUGCCCCUCCUCGACUUUUCCUCUGGACACGCCUUCGCCUCAGCCGAGGCGGGAUUUGGUCCGGACAGCGAGCUGAUCGUAGACGAAGCUGUUACCAGGCCUGAAUCGGUUGUCGUAAAUGGUCCUCCAGGGUUAGAUGUAGCGGGGGGACUAGGGGAAACAGUCACAGCUCUUGAUCCGGACCAAAGCCCAGACAUCGCUGAAUCCGAAGUCCAGCAUGUUCCCAGAUACAACGCCAUUAAGGGUCGAUCAGACGGGUAUGCCAUAGGAGCCCUUGUUCGUUUAGCCAAGGAGACUAAGGGGCCCUGGGUAGAUAUCCCGAAAGAAACUCCCACGUUGUACCUCAUCAUGGGUAAACAUGCGUUUAGUGCAGAUCGGAAGCCUUGGCAGGUGAAAGCAGCACAGAUCGGGUACCGAGCCAAAAUUUUUCGAAAGCCCCCAUCGCACCUACAGGGUGCUUGGGUCCUGGUCAUGUCUCUUGUAGAUCGGUGCCUGAAGGUGCUCAUUGACUGGACAGAGUGUGAGCGUUGUGCAGGGAGAUCAUUGCCUCCAACUGGUGAUGCGUCUUCGAAGUUUCUUUUUGUUUAUGCAAUUCCACCUGCCAAGGAUUCUCCAACGAAGCUCUGUGCGUGCCUUCUCAAACCAGACGGCCUUCAACCGCCGCAGUAUGCUCACUGCAGCCCUCACAUGAUCGAGUCGUACGGCAAUGCGUCAGGGAACACGUACCAUUGCAGUCACUGCCGCACGAAGUGCAGGGAUUGCAAGGGAAGACUGGCUCGAGUUGUGAGGGCCACCGGAGAGAUUCAAUAUGCGUACCGCAAGGACUGUGCCGUGACGCCCAUUCCUGGACCAUCGACCUUUACCGUCCUCGCCGACGGAGAUUUGGUGGAGUCAGAAGGCGCUCCCGAGGCUUUGGACAAGAAGGGCACCGUCACAUACCCAUUCAAUGUCCGGAAGAUUGCGUUGCACUCAGAGAAAUUGAAGGCCCUACGAGAGAAGGACCAGAGAGCUUCCGAAUAUGCUCUGGAGAUAGCGACUCAGAACCAGGCGCCAGUGCAGCAGGAAGUCAAGAGCUUGAAGACGAGUGGAGUCUUGACUGGACAAGCCUCGACAGGCCUGCCUGCCGGCUAUCCCAGGGCUCCACUCCCUGCAGCAACAGCGCCGUUGAGUCAUCCCAGGGCAUCGCCGUCAGUGGUGCCAGCAUCCUCAAGCACACCGCCCCAGAUGGAGAGCAUCAUGUCGGCCGUCAGGGAGAUGCUGGCCACAGAGUAUGCCGCCACGCCACAGAAACCGGACGUAAAGAUGGAGGACGAGAAGUCCAUUGUCUCCCACAUCAAGGAGCUGGAAGAGCAGGCUGCGGAGCUGAUGACGCGAGCAGCGUACCUGAGGCAACAGAUCGGCCUGCCAGCGCAUCAUUUCUUCACGGGGGUGACACAGUCAGCUCCAAGCCAGGGCAGCCAGGGAAUGCCGAAGGCCGUGGCCAGCCCUCAGUGGCCAGAAGCCGGCCCUUCCCCUAUGGGAGAUCCCGAUGCUGGCGAUACCUGGGAGGUGUUGCGGCUGCGUUGA